GCGGAUCGAAUUCAGGCGGAGGAGCGGCAACGCGCCAAACGCUCCGAAGUCGUUGACUUGGAGGUGCCAAGGCCAGAGUCGCCACUGCCCCUCUUCUGGCGCAUUGACAUGCCGGAUGUGUCGAAGGUUCUCUCCCAGCGCGGCGUCCUUCCCCGGAGCUUCUUGCCCGUGGUGCGUCCACACGUUACUCUGCUGUACAUCGGAGGUGAUUUGUCCGAGGAGCGCGCGGCUGCUCGGGCGGGCCUCUCCAUGUCAGAGUUCCAAGCUGCCAAGCAGACCUUGGAGGGACUCAAAGGUGCCACCGUGGCCAUCAAGAUGACGGAGAUCAUCAUUGACGAGAAUGUGGCCUGCGCCCUUGUGGAUCUCCCCGAAGGUGUCCCUUGCGGGAGCAAG